GCCCGGAUGCGCUUCUUCAUCCCGAAGCUCCUUGAAUAUCAAGGCCUGAUGUGCCCAAGAAGCAAUUUCUGGUAGAAAUCUGAAGAUUAUCUUUAAGGAAUAAAGGUCAAUGAAUUAAGGACAAGAAGGUUUCAAAUCAGUCCCUGCUAUGUGGAUAUUUGUUAGCAAUGACUGAUGUGGAAACUACAUAUGCAGAUUUUAUUGCUUCAGGAAGAACAGGUAGAAGAAAUGUAAUACAUGAUAUCCUGGUUUCCUCUGCAAGUGGCAACAGCAAUGAAUUAGCCUUGAAAUUAGCAGGUCUUGAUAUUAACAAGACAGAAGGUGAAGACGAUGGGCAGAGAAGCUCCACAGAGCAAAGUGGGGAAGCCCAGGGAGAAGCCGCCAAAUCUGAAAGCUAACACUCCAUUCUGACCUUCAACAACACCUGACAAUGUGGCGAAUCUCCUGGCUUCGCUCGGAUGUAUUUGCUGCCAUGAGUGAAAAGGAGGGGAAGAAAAUGGCUGUGCUGCAUGGCAAGAAGCUGUGCGUUGCCAUGUUUAAUGGCGGCAUCAGACUUCC